AUGAACAGCGAGGGCGUGGAUGUGAAUGAGAUGGGGGUUUCCUACACACUGGAUGAAGCUCUUGAGAUGGUGGGAUUUGGGAAAUUCCAAGCUCUGGUGAUGGCUUAUGCGGGACUCGGGGCCAUGGCUGAGGCUAUGGAGGUCAUGAUACUCUCCUUUAUAGGAACCUCUGUUAAAGAUGAAUGGGGGCUUUCGCCCGGACAAGAGAGCUUCAUAACCUCGGUUGUUUUUGGGGGCAUGCUUUUUGGAGCUUAUUUGUGGGGUUUCAUAUCCGAUAAUUACGGAAGAAGGAUAGGCCUUCUAAGUGUUGGUGCAGUAACUGGCAUAUUUGCUUUUCUUAGUGCAUUCUCCGUAAAUUAUUCCUCAUUAGUCAUUUUCCGUAUGGUAGCUGGCAUUGGUCUGGGUGGUGGACCCGUGUACUCAUCUUGGUAUCUCGAGUUUGUGCCCGCACGAAACCGAGGCUUUUGGAUGGUCGUCUUUGGCACUUUCUGGACAAUUGGAACAAUAUUGGAGGCUUUAUUGGCAUGGAUCAUUAUUCCAAGGUUUGGGUGGAGGUGGGUGCUUAUAUGUUCGUCUGUACCUUGUCUACUAACACUCGCCUUCUAUUCCCUGACGAUAGAAUCCCCAAGGUACCUGUGCCUAAACAACAAAUUCGGGGACGCUCAUAAAAUUUUGAAACAAAUGGCCGAAAUGAACAAAUCACAGCUCCCUCCCGGCAUUCUCGUCCCACACCAAACGAGCGAACGGGGCAGAGAAAAUAGGCCCUCGGAGGGAGUCCCCUUGUUGUCCAUCAGAAAGCGCAUAACUAAUUCUCCCAUGCCGGGCCUCUCGUUAUUUCUAACGCUUUUAUCCUCAAGUUUGGUAAAGACGACCCUUCUCCUAUGGAUCAUCUACUUUGUAAACUCAUUUGUGUACUACGGUGUUGUGCUGCUGACCACUGAGUUGAGUGGUGGGGAAAGUGGAUGUGGCUCCAUUCUUUUGCUUUUGGCUGGCUCUACCCUCUAUAUGGAUGUUUUCAUCACCAGCUUUGCAGAGUUUCCAGGGCUGAUUUUAUCGGGUCUCCUUGUCGACAAAAUCGGGCGAAGAUUUUCCAUGGUAGUUAUGUACUUAAUAGGAUUCAUAUUUCUUUUACCACUGCUGUUCCACCAAAAUGAACUCAUAACCACGUCUCUUUUGUUCGGAGCUCGCAUGUGCUUCAUCGGGAACUAUACAGUCGCUGGUAUUUACUGCCCGGAGUUGUAUCCUACGUGUGUGAGAACGACAGGUGUUGGUGCUGCAACUGGUGUGGGGAGAGUGGCGGGCAUAAUAUGCCCUCUCGUGGCAGUUUGGUUGGUUUCCGGUUGCCAUCAAAUGGCGGCCAUAGCUUUGUUUGAGGUUGUAUUAGUUGUGGCAGGAAUAAGUGUGAUGCUCCUCCCAGUUGAGACCAAGGCCACAAAGUUGACUGAUAUUGUUGCUUGCUCUCACAAUAAUUAA